UGUUCACAGCAGACUUCAUAUAUAAAAGACGUCAGGUGGACCGGAUGUACCUGGAUUCCGAUUCCCUCACGCGGUGGGGUAGCUUUACCUGCCCCUCUCGGCCGGCCGCUCCGAAAUACAUAACCUUUCAUACCCGCCAUCAUGGAGCUUCUCGACUCUCGCUCUAUUUGGGAAAGGAUACGGCCUGACUUAUCCGAUCUACUAGACAAUCCAGAAGCCGAUCAAGACAUACCAGGAUUGCCAGGAUUGCCGGAGAUCGACUGGGACAAUGAUGAGAGUUUCUUCGAUGCUCUCAGCCCCAAUGACAAACCAACCUCGUUCCCAACGCCGGCAGAAGUCCACAAGGAAGCAAGACAACGAAGCAAGAGCAUCUUUGAAGAUUGGGGAUUCCUCAACCAGCUAAUCCAGCGCCAUGAAGCAACUAUUCAGAAACGAUGGUUGAACAAAACACGCCAGCAGCGCCAGAAAAUCCUCCUCAAUGCGUGGCCGCGAAUGGCAGCGCAGCAUCGUCCGGAUUUUGAGGCGUUCACUCGAGAAAAGAGCCACGGUCACACCAAGUUCAGAGAACCUUAUUUGUGGCCAAAUAUCAACCAGGAGGAUCUGUUGAAGCCAAAGCUGUUUCCUAUCUUCCUCAAUGCGCGCGCUCGCCACCCUCCAUCUUUUUUCGCAGGGGCAGAUUGGGAUUCAACUUCUCUGGGGAAUAGAUCGGGAAACCUCGGUCUAGCAUUCCUCAACAUGUAUACUAUGAUGUUUACGGGGAGGAAUACACCGGAGACUUAUGGGGAGUUGUUCUCCUGGGAGGAGCAUGAACCCUCGAUGAAUUGGGCAACCAAUGGACGCGGCGCCAUUCCUGGCUGUGGUAUGCAGAUUCUCGAGGUACAAGAGCGGGUCUAUAGUUUUCUUUUGGCGUGUUGCCGGGACCUUCUGCAUGAUAUGAGCGAGGAGGACUUGCUAGGGGCUCCUGCUCAACCCGAGCCUCCCCGGUUGUCCACCGCAGAACCGGGUAUCGACUCGCUGGCGGCAGUUGCUUCUGAGGCUCCCUAUCGUGUGCCGGCUCACUUGGACCUUGGUCGUCUCAAGAAGCUCAUUGAAGGUCGUCGCACCGUGGCCGAAGAUCACAUUUGGACUCUUCGGGAAGACCCUAGCUAUUUUGCAGAUGUGGUGCUCGAAAUGAAGGAACAUCGACAGGAAAUGCUGCCAGAUAAGCUUGGACAGAAACAUCCUCUCAUUCGGCCACGUCCGUCCAGUCGGUUUUGGGAGAGAAUAUUUGGGUUCAUGAUGACUGAUACGUAUUUCCCUUUGGUGAUCUGGGAUGACUUGCUUUCUCAGACCACACAUCUUCAGUCUUUAACUGAGAAAUACGCCGGGAAAAUCGAUCCUGAUAAAGACCUGCCCGCCGAGCUGUUUGAUGCCUAUCUCAAACUAUGGUACAGCCUAGAACGCUACUUCGAGGGACCAAUUGGGAGUCUCAGGACGAAUGUCCCUUCCUCUCCCCCACUUCGUUCAUACUAUGCUCGAGAACCGGAUGGGGGCGAUCUGAACAAGAUCUUCGUAUCUUACAAUGGGAAGGCGUGCAAGGAUCCAAAGGUGCACCGAUUGCUAUGGAUCUUCGAAACCUUGUGGAACCCACAGAUGCUGGUUAGCGCGGGAUUGAAGACCCUCAUGGAUGAAUUGGAACGUACGAUACAGGAGCCAAGUAUCCGGGCCCUGGUCACCCCGCGAGUGGCUGGCAUGAUCGCAGACUUGUCCAUUUUGGCUGAAUGCCGGCACCAGAUCUCCCUUUACCAACCCUGGGCUUCCACGUUUUCCAGUGAAAUGGCUUCGCGUGACCACGAGUUGAAGGCCGACUAUGAACAGAAAACCAAGGUGAUGCAUGAAAUUAGAAGCGAAUGGAAUCCCGUUGUGGUGGUCGCAGCAGGUGACAUGUCGGAUGGGAGGUUUUACUACCCCGUCGACAAACGCAAGACUCGCGAGAAUACCGAAGCAAUACAGGCGGCAGAGAGGAAUCUCGACGAAUUCUGGACCAAGGUGGACGCGCAACUCUCCCGUAAAACCAGUCUUCACACUCAUCCGGCUUUGCGCAAUCUCCUGUCCGAGCAGCGUAUCCUCCGGCGAACCCCGGAUUGGAUUGAAUCUGACACCAGGCGUCCGGGCAACCAGCGAAUGGACGAUAUCCAGGAGAUAUGCCGGCCAUUAUCCCAAAUCUACUUCGAACUGGAACACCGCACACAGAGCACGCUCCCAGCGGAGAAGGUCCCUGUGGGCAAGAAGGCCAAAACCAAGACACGGGGUGUCCCUCAGCCGACUGAAUCACCAGCCGAAACGAUAGUGCCAGAUCUCAACGCAGGCCACGGUCCAGACGUCCAGCCCACGUUUGCAGUGGACAAGCGCGCAUACAAGGUGUUCUCCACUCUGUUCUACAAACCAUCGAAGACCGCUCAACCGGGCGAAAUCCCAUGGAACGACUUCCUGCACGCGAUGGGCAUGACGGGCUUUGGAAUCGAGAAGCUGUACGGCUCCGUAUGGCAGUUCUCGCCCACUAAACUGGACGUGGAACGAGCGAUUCAGUUCCAUGAGCCUCAUCCUAUUCCGAAGAUUCCGUUCCGGAUGAUGAGGCGGUUUGGACGGCGAUUAGCACGUGCGUAUGGAUGGCAUGGGGAUAUGUUCAAGCUGGGGGAGUAAUAUACGGCGUUAAUAGAACUAGAUGUAUAUGAAGAUAAGCCUGUGCAGUAGAUCCAAACGCGGGGGACCCACGGGCGCAGAAAUUUCAGUGGGACUAAGCAGUAUGUCGGAUCUAUCCAGCCGGAUAAGAGAAUGAACAAUAUUCGUGCAGAUAAAGAAUAUUCUCUCUUAUCUUGAUAGCAGAGUCGUAGUGUUGUGUCUGUACCUGUCCUGGCAUCGCUCGAUUUGGCAAACGCUGCAAACGUCGGUGUUCAUGCGGACAACGACUGUGGGUUCUUACCCGACAACUCUGAACCAGAAUUUUCUUCUUCACUCUUAAGAAG